CCAUCUCCCCACCCUCUGAAUAUUACGUAUCAUAAUGUAACUACGUGUAAGCAUUUUUUUUGGCGGUUUUUGCUUGGAAAACCAGCUGUAUUUUUCUAGCAUUCAAAUAACAAUGGAUAAACCUGAAAAGAUAGGAGGAUUGGAGAUGAAUUUCAUUAACAAAUAAGGUAGGAAAUGUGCAAACUUUUAAAUCGACAACUGCCACAGUGUGUUUUGUUAUCUGUGAUCCCUCUUUGAGUGUUUUAAAAGCUGAUUGGGGUGGGGGGGGUCUUAUGUCAGCAUAUCCGGUUAAAAAGUCACCGCGUGUCAUUGUGUGUUUUUUUUUUUAAUGUGUUUGUCAGUUGAAUGUUUUAGCGUAAAUAUCUCUACUACAAAAACAUCCUUCUUUUUGCUAGCUUUAAUGGUGCAGCAUGUAAAAUGUGUCUUUAACAAUAAUAAUUAUUGUGUGCUUGCUUUGAUUUGAGGUUCUCUCUUCACAUGCAUGUGACUCGGACACAUAUGAUUUCCUUGUUGCCAAAGGAAAUUUCCAGGUUCUUGUGGUGUGAUUUGAAGUCAUUUUCCUGAAGUGUUGUUCCAACGAUUUGCACAAUUAAAUAUGAGUGUGAAGCUCAGAGUCAUUGUGGACGACAAUGAUUUCAGAAGACUGGACCUCUCAGCUGGGAUACCAGACAGUGUUGUGAAUUUACAUGAUACUGUUCGUCAAGCAUUUGGUAUUGAAAGACACUUCCGGCUUCAGUACAUGGAUGCGGACUUCAAUGAAUUCAUGAAUCUGUCAUCAAUUCAUGACAUUAAAGACAAGACUACUAUCAAGUUGAUCUACUUGGCACAUGACACUCAUCCAAGCCCUGACCAUCCAGCUGAGCAAUCUUCAAGUGCUUCUGAAUCGUUUAGCGCUUCAAGUGAAUGCUCAAUCCUUUCCUCUUCUUUGUUGCCAUCUGGAGGAGAUUCAGAUGACACUGUGACUAUCCCAACAUCUGAUGCAGAAAUUCAAUCACUACGAGUACAGAUAUGGCCACAAAAAUUUCCGAUUCCUCGUUUUCCGUAUGAUGUGGAAGUGCAGCUUCAACGUGGCAAUGAAAUUUUUGUUGAAACUGGAACCUCUCUGAAGAUCAGUCCAGGGCUCAAGUCCGGAAUCUUGGAAAAGUUGGCUGAGGAUAUUUUCCAGUAUACUGCAUACCCACGUGAUUCCCAGAUAGAUGACGUUGCAAAGUCACUUGUUGAAAAGUUUCCAUGUUUAAAAGAAAAAGGAUCUGUUAAGGGGUAUAGCGGGUGGAUAUUUAGCCUCAAGCACAAAAUGGCAAAUUAUAGGACAAAGAUGCGCAACAUUGGUUGUCCCGAAGUCACUCUGAAUUCACUGAAGAACAAGUCCAGAGAUGAAUACUGUCCAGCCAAAAAUGUGAAGAAACCAAAGAGAGCAGAGGUUAACUUUUGCCCUGCUAAUCCAACUGGAGAAACCGAUGAAAGCCUUGAAAAACUUAGAUGUGAGCUACUGGUUGAUUUUGGACAAAGGAAGAGAACAUCAGCGGUAAAGGAAAAGAUGUCCAAAACAUUUGCCUACAGGAGGAGGAAUGUCGUACAGAACAGUCCAACGAUUCAGGACUUAAAACUCCAGUGGCCUGCACUCUUUCAGACUGAAGAGAAAUUCAAUCACUACGAGUACAGAUAUGGCCACAAAAAUUUCCGAUUCCUCGUUUUCCGUAUGAUGUGGAAGUGCAGCUUCAACGUGGCAAUGAAAUUUUUGUUGAAACUGGAACCUCUCUGA